CGUCCGCCGGGCGCCGCGGGCGGAGGGACGCGCGGAGAUGACGCAGGCAGCACCGGAAGCCGCUCCCCUGUGAGGUUGCAGACCCCGAGCGGCGGCCGCUGGUCCGGGCGCCAUGGCUGCGGAGCGGACCCGGCCGCUGCGAGGCUCUGGCGGCCCGAGCGCGCCUAGUCGGUGCGAGCCCGGCGCGAGGUCCCGGGCCCCGGGGCGCUCGCUCAGGUAAAUUUUUCCAUAACCUUAUGGAGAGAAAGGACUUUGAGACAUGGCUUGAUAACAUUUCUGUUACAUUUCUUUCUCUGACGGACUUGCAGAAAAAUGAAACUCUGGAUCACCUGAUUAGUCUGAGUGGGGCAGUCCAGCUCAGGCAUCUCUCCAAUAACCUGGAGACUCUCCUCAAGCGGGACUUCCUCAAACUCCUUCCCCUGGAGCUCAGUUUUUAUUUGUUAAAAUGGCUCGAUCCUCAGACUUUACUCACAUGCUGCCUCGUCUCUAAACAGUGGAAUAAGGUGAUAAGUGCCUGUACAGAGGUGUGGCAGACUGCGUGUAAAAAUUUGGGCUGGCAGAUAGAUGAUUCUGUUCAGGACGCUUUGCACUGGAAGAAGGUUUAUUUGAAGGCUAUUUUGAGAAUGAAGCAACUGGAGGACCAUGAAGCCUUUGAGACCUCGUCAUUAAUCGGACACAGUGCCAGAGUGUAUGCACUUUACUACAAAGAUGGACUUCUCUGUACAGGGUCAGAUGACUUGUCUGCAAAACUGUGGGAUGUGAGCACAGGACAGUGUGUUUAUGGCAUCCAGACCCACACUUGUGCAGCAGUGAAAUUUGAUGAGCAGAAGCUUGUGACAGGCUCCUUUGACAACACUGUGGCCUGCUGGGAAUGGAGUUCCGGAGCCAGGACCCAGCACUUCCGGGGGCACACAGGGGCGGUGUUUAGCGUUGACUACAAUGAUGAACUGGAUAUCUUGGUGAGUGGCUCCGCAGACUUCACUGUGAAAGUAUGGGCUUUAUCUGCUGGGACAUGCCUGAACACACUCACUGGGCACACGGAAUGGGUCACCAAGGUGGUUUUACAAAAGUGUAAAGUCAAGUCUCUUUUGCACAGCCCUGGAGACUACAUACUCUUAAGUGCGGACAAAUAUGAGAUCAAGAUUUGGCCAAUUGGGAGAGAAAUUAACUGCAAGUGCUUGAAGACACUGUCUGUCUCUGAGGAUAGGAGUAUCUGCCUGCAGCCAAGACUUCAUUUUGAUGGCAAAUACAUUGUUUGUAGUUCAGCGCUGGGUCUCUACCAGUGGGACUUUGCCAGUUAUGAUAUUCUCAGGGUCAUCAAGACUCCUGAGAUAGCAAACUUGGCCUUGCUUGGCUUUGGAGAUAUCUUUGCCCUGCUGUUUGACAACCGCUACCUGUAUAUCAUGGACUUGCGGACAGAGAGCCUGAUUAGCCGCUGGCCUCUGCCAGAGUACAGGAAGUCAAAGAGAGGCUCCAGUUUCCUGGCGGGCGAAGCAUCCUGGCUCAAUGGACUGGAUGGGCACAAUGACACGGGCUUGGUCUUUGCCACCAGCAUGCCUGACCACAGUAUUCACCUGGUGUUGUGGAAGGAGCACGGCUGACACCACGAGCUUACCACCACUGACUGACUUUGGGUGCCGGGGCUGCGGGUUUUCAGUGCAACCUCUGUGGCAGCCGACUGCAUGAACCAAAGUUCUCACCUAAUGGUAUCAUGGCGCAGUGCACAAUCAUUUAUCCGUGUUUCCAGGGGCCAGCGCUCGGGGCGGGGGAGGGCUCGUUUUAUCGACACACAGCGCAGCAUGCUAGUGGGGUACGCCAUUGACUUCAUUUGUACUUAGUUAUGUUGGUCAGUAUAAGAGGGUGCGUUUUGGGUUCAUCUUUCUUGAAUGUUGGUUUUAAGUAAAGAAAGUUAAAUGGUUCAUUAAUCUGCUAAUUGGUUGCCUAUAAAAACACAUUCAGUCUAUUAUUAAAGCUUUUUACCAUCGCCUUUUUUUCAUUUGAAGUUGAAGCAAAGGUGCUAUGAUGCUGUUCCAGCAACUUCUCUCACAUGGGGCUUAGCUUUUAUAAUAGCCAGUGUUACAGAGACCGCCGAGUCCUGUGACAUUCAUGAACUCUCCACCACAUGCCAGUUCUGAAGAAGCUCGGUCUUCCAGGGCACAUCAACACAUUCUAAACCCUAGUACUUGGCAGAGUCAAGGUUGGCCAUGUCUGAGAUGUAAGGGAGUUCUGUGGUUUUUGUUUCCGUGUGAAGCAAGCUGGUCAUUGGUCCCCUGCCGCCUGGGUGAGUGCACGGAGGUGACUGGUACAGUAGAAAGAGCACUGAGCUGGCCGGUUGAAGACUGGCUCUGUUACCUAGGAGCCCUGCCACCUCGGUGCAUCACUUCCCUGGGCCCCGUUUUCCCUGUCUGUACAGCCAGGUGUUAAGCUAAGUGAAUUUCUAAGGUUUUGGUCCUGCAUCUACUGAAGUGUGGGCAAAAGUUGAUAUUUCAGUUUUGUCUGAUUCAUUGUUUCUUUUGGGAUGAAGAUAAUAUUUAAAUGAAAUCACUGGCACAAAGUUAUCUAUAAGGAAAUCAGAUGGACCCAGGGGAAAUGUAGAAAAUACAACAAAUUCCCUAGAAUGUUAGCAUUUGGAUGUUGGCAGAUUGGAUGUUAGCAAUUGGAUAAAAUGCUGAGGAGAAUCUUGGUUCUUUAAACAGACAAUGAAUGGGCUGUAUUGGAAGGAAAGGUACCCGAACCUGACAUUUUCUUCCUCCUUUGUCUCUAACUUGAUGUGUGGCUUCAGGCUGGUUAACUUUUUAUCCCUGGGCCUAGAUGAGGGUUUACAAAACUCAGAUGCCCAGGGUUGCCAUGCAGAUAACAUAAAGGAUUGACGGGUGUUAGGGCUGUGCUUAAUCACAGAAAGCUUAUUUAAUGGGUCAGUUACUCAGCUCUAAAUGAUAGCUCCAGUGGUGGCAGGUCUUCACGAUUUUUUUUAAGAGGACGUAGAAAUCCAGAUUUUUAUUUGAAAUCUCCUGAUUUUUGAAAUGUUGACAACUAAUUGUAGAUAGUGUAAAAUACCGUGAGCUAAACCAAGCAUGUCUAUGAGCUACCAGUUUGUAUCUUCUACCCUGUCAUUCCUGUGAAGUUAGGUAGUUCUGUGAUCCGCAGUGGGAAUAUUUUAACAUAUUUGUCACAACAUUAGGGACAAAGUAGAGGGAGCGAGCUGUAGGACAAUUCAGCUGUUUCCCAUUGUGUUACAGGAAAGUGAGGGGGAGUGUUUCAUCUGUGGGCCAACAGGAAGUAGUUUGAAGGUGAACUUACGAACUGGAACCUCCUUUGUAGUCUCCGCCUGGGAAUAUGAGUUCUUCAUUCUUUGUGAUGCGAAUAUGAAGGCAUCUCCGUUUUACAGGUGGGAGAAAGGCUCCCAGCAGAGCUGAGAAUGAUGCCAGCCCUGGUGGGGACCCAGCCCCGCCCCCCCCACCCCUGCAUUCCAUAGUGGCACAGAACCAGACGGUGACCUCUGAAGGCCGUGAAGUUAAUAUUCUAGAGAAUUCGUGUUUGGCUUUUCAGGGACAGGCUUAGUUAAUAUUCUUGCUGAGACUGUAAGGGGAUUAAGUAAGAGAGUAAUGUGUUCUCCACCCCCAAAGGCCAUCUCGCACUGAGUUCUGUGCGUGAGCUCUGCUCCAACUUGCAAGAACUGGAACCAGAAUUGCGGCUGGAAUCGAUUUUGCAGGAGCCUCAGGAGACUUUGGGCAAUGAUGAGGGCAAAUGACUUUCUCCUCUUCCCCCAGCCUGAACAGAUAACUGAGAUCACAGAUCUGAUGGCCCCACCUCACUUCCAGAUAUAUCCGACAGUAAUUGUUAUUUGUGGGAUUUUUUUUUUUUUUUUUUUUAAUGACAAACCUGGCCCUUUUACAGCAUGUCCCAUUUUAAUUUUCAUUGGACACCGAAGUUCCCAUCCGGUCGUAGCUUGGUGCAGCUGGUUCUGACGGCAGUACUUGGCGGUGGUUGGAGUCUUAACUUAGAUUCCUCCUCACAGAGCCCUUCGUUUCACCUGAGCGUUUUAUUUCAUUGCUUUAUAGUUGCUAGGUUUAUUCAUAUAAUUGCUGGCUUUUGUGAAAAUGAAGAGCUAACAAGUUCUUUAAAAGAGUGAAGCACAUUGGAGCGUCAGAGAAGUGGGAGGAAGAAUCCCCCUUUCAUUGUGUUCAUAGGUUGUCUGCCAUGCACUCUGACUUCCGCUUCCUUAGCUCAGAGGGGAGGCAAUUGCCUUUUCUUUUGUGACCAUUCUCAUUUCUGAAAAGUGAGUCCUGAACAGAUAGACUCCAUCCUUUAUGAGCAUUGGAUUUCUUGAGUGAAGACGUGUGGUGGAAGUGAGGGGCUCCUCACCUCCCAGGUUCAUAAGGGUGGGGGGAUGGGGGGUCCAGGAAAGCUGAGUGGGAAGUUCUAACAUUCCAGAGGAAGGUAAUUUCCUCCAGCCCCGUUACUUGAAGCAAUAGUCAGAUUAGGCAAAACUGGCCCUACGCUGACCUUUAGACCUGUCAGAGAAAUAGGAAGACAGACUUAUUUUCAGGGGUGAGUCUAAACUUUGAAAAGUUCCACAGGAAGCUACACACGUUUGGAUAGCUUUUUAUAAGUGGAAGGUGGGGAAUACUGCUAUUAAAUUUUUUAAGGAUUGCGCUUCAUUUUUUCACAGUUAAAAAAGUGUUCUGGCCAUUGCAGGUACUUGGUAAAGUAUGGCUGAGGAUGAUGUAAUCAUUCUAAUGUUUGUUCUCAGGAGAGUGAUUAUUACUGCUCUGCAUUUAUAAAACAUCUUUGGGAGAGAAGAAAUAUUUUUGUAAACAGUAUUAUUUUAGACACGAAGAAGUUAUUUGUUAGGCUAGACAUUUCGACCUAACAGAAGUGGCUAAAGAUGUGCAGCCAGGCUUUACGGCACUGUUUGGCCAAACCCAGCCAGCUCCUUAAAGCUGGGACUGUGUGCCUGGGCUUUUGGGGGGCCUAGAGGUGAAUCUUCCAUUGUCAACUCACUCUGCCAGUCUCUGGGUCGCCUCUGCUCGGCAUCUCAUGGGCCUGGGUGACCUGCAGGUGCCUUUCUCAGUCGGGAAGUGUGCAGAAUCAGAUCAGUGCUCCAGGACGCCGUCUGGGGCAGGACGGUCUGUCCCCUUGACACAGCCUUCCUCCCUGGUCAUGCCAGUACUUGCCAAGAUGUGUGUAGGACAACAGAGUCACUCUUGAGAAUUACGCCACCCCCAGAUAGAGUGUGAUGGAAAGAGCAGGUUAGCAUUUUUGGCUGAGAUGCCCACUGGCCAUCUUUGGCAGUGUCUGAUGAGAGGGUCCCUUGUGCCUACUCUAGGAAAGUGAGUUUUCCCCAGAAUAAAUCCUCCAAUGGCGACCCGGGUAGUCUUUGCACCACUCCCUAUCAGGCUGAGUGAUCAUGCUCCGUGCACAUGAGUGCUUGCUGUCAAGUUGUUUCAGUGUGUUUCCAGUCUUCCCUAGAACAGGGGACUUCAGUGGCUGAACGUUAAUAUUACAGCCCUGACAAGUGUAUCCUCACGUGGUCAUCACAGCUUAAAGAGCCCAGCUGGCUGCUACUGCUCUUCGUGAAUGUGCUCAAAGAAAAAUGUUUUUGCAUAUUUAAACCUGGAAAAUUAUUAAUUCGGAUGACAACUCACAAUUACUCUGUGUCCCUCAACUCACACUGUAAACACGCGUUUCAACUAAUUUAGACUUCAUACUCUUGAUGAGAGCGCUCAGGUUGAAAAAGGCUGGUCUCACCAAUCCAACAUCUAUAGCAAUGUGGUCAAAAUGUAUCUUCUCAUGUUUUACUAAUUUGAUGUCUAUUGUGAUCUAGGGGGAAAGAGGUGAAAUGUAGAUCUGAAGUGUCUGUGGGGUGGGGGGGAUGGAGAAGGGAUUGCUUGAGCAGAUAGUGGAGUGAAUGUGGGACAAGAUGUGUCUAUAAGAUGAAAAGUUACUUUCACGCAUCAUAUGGAAGCAUUCUUCUAAUGCGAGUGAUUGUGCUAACUAUAAAUCAUUGGUAUCUAUACAUUGAGGCAGGUUCUCUCAGUUAGACAACAUUUGGUUAGUCAAGUCCAAGUUAUUGUUUGUACUUGAAAGUAAUAAAGCUGCACUACCUUAAAAAUACA